AUGUUCCAGACAACGCUACCGCUCCGCACUGCGAGGGUGCUCAGCAGGCAGAUGCAGCCCCUGCUACGCGCACCACUACCUACAGCAGCACAAUGCCAGUUCCACACUGCUGUCGCUAGACCAUUCCAAACCGCAUCAUCGCGAACGCCGUCUCUAUUCAAUCAACGCCCUUCCCUCGUCAGUAGGACAAUCCCCCGAACAGCCAUCCAGUCAAUCAACAUCACCACCUCCCCCCGCCAUGCCUCCACAAUCUCCGACCCGACCUCUGCAGCCGCAGCCGCGCCCCCAGCAAAUGAACACAGCCUGACCUGGAACCGCUUCCUCGCGCUCCGCAAGACACGCCGGCGUAUCUCGCUCGUUUCGUCUAUCAUCUGCGCCGCUGGAAGCACGUUUGUGGGAAUAGCGGUGCUGUCUACGAAGGAUAUUGAUGCCAUGGGGAGUCAGAUCCUGGGACUGGAUCCGAUCAUCGUGCUGGGCAUGAGCACGAUUGCGUGCACGGUUGUGGGGUGGCUGAUUGGGCCGUUCUUUGGAAAUGCGGUGUUUAAUGUUUGGUAUCGGGGGUUGAGGAGGGAUAUUGCCUGGAAAGAGCGCGAGUUCUACGCACGCAUCAAGAAGUACCGCGUCGAUCCUUCAUCCUCCUCCAUCCAGAACCCCGUCCCAGACUACUACGGCGAGAAGAUCGGCAGUGUGACGGACUACAGGCGGUGGCUGAAAGAUCAGAGAGCAUUCAACUUGAAGAGGGGAAAGGGAGUGUAA